AGUGAGUAAAUAGUCAAUUAUUCGGUAAACUUUCAUCUGAUAACAAUGUUACUUCGCAAGACUACGGUAAAUUACCCUUCGAAAUCUGUAAACGUGCAUAUUCAAUUGUGAUACGAUUACCGUUUGAGAACGAAAUUUCUUAUCGACCAUCAAUCAUGUUCUGUUUCAAGAAAAUGCCUUUAGAUGGCGCUAGCAAGCAGAAAUAAGAACGCUGUCAAUGAUCGAGGCUAGCGAUACGACAUCUCGCGAUUUUCUGCCGCUAUAACGUAACAGUGUUUGUUUCCACGAGUCGCGUAGGCUCGUUGAUGAUUGACGUUCGCUUCGUGGCCACGUUUCUCGUAGCUGUACGGAAACAGUUCAAAGUUUUACGGUGUGAUCGGUGUGUAAUGUCGUGUUCCUUCAGAUCCUAGUUGUAACAAAUCGUGAACAACUGUUCCCUAACUAUGAGUGCAUACUUGAAAUUUACCUUGUGUAAGAGUACUUUGACCGCUGAAUUAGUAUUCGCAGCUAUGUUCAACCUUUACAUGCGAUAAGCCCGCGUGACAUGAAUUAACAGUGAAAUCGAGUCUUCUCUGUCUUCGAUUUGUACGUGAUUCGUUUUCAUUUAGAAGCCCAUGAGUGCUAUAAUUACGAGACAAGCGUGCAUGAUAAACAUUAAAAACCCUUUGAAGACUCGCACGAGGGGGAAACGCUGUUACUAUUCCAAAUUCACGUUUCAAAGGAAUUCCUCGAAGCGAUGAGAUAAGCCCUGGACCGACAGGAUGGCCCGCCACGAAAGCGAGAGGUCCUUGCAUUCCCUGCAAUCGAUGCAUCCAGGCUCCUCGCCUCGUGUAAACAACGGAAACGAGGCUUCCCCGACGAAGUUGGCACCGUCGCCGUCAGCAACAUGUACCGACGACAGUACGAUCAAGGUCAAUGCCGACAGCAGCGUGGAUAGCACGGACAGAUCUGCAACGGUUACCGUUCCAUCACCCACGGUCCCUUCGAUAUCCUCUCCAUGGGAUUCCCGUAUACCACGGCCCUCGCCUACAGGUCUGCGUCGCUCGGCUAGCGUACGCGUGCGCGGUGAACGGGCUUCCCCACAUCAACCACCACCAGCAGUUAGUACCGCGGUCACCGCGGCUCCGGCGAGACAGCAUCAACAGCAUCGUCGCUUCAACUUUCUGCAACACCAGCAACACCAUCACCUGGACCGUCGCAUAUUCCCCGUCAUCACGGAGAAUGGAACUGAAUCACCGCGACAACGAUCCCUCAGCCUUUCAUUGACCCCGGUGAGGCCGCGAUCUGUACACGCGGCCUCCGCAGGAUCAUGUUUUGGAAUUGCCGAUGACAGCGAUGCGGAAAGCGUAAAAAGUUACGGAAGUGCCUGCAGUACCGCAAGCGCCUGCGAGCAUGCUACCUUCGCCUUCAACGGUACCACAUGGUCCGGUAGAUCAAGGAAAUACGUUGUUCACUGUUCCAAUCAUAACGGUGACAAUGAUCAGUACCUUACGCCUACCCAAAGAGCAGCCAGACAAGUUAGAAAGUUCCAGGCUCUACUGAAGGAAGCGCGUAAGGAGAUCGAGGAGAAGGAUCAGGAGAUUUGUCGGUUAACGAAGGAGGUGGUGGAAUUAAGAUUAUACAAAGCAUCUCUGAAUAGUCCAGAUGAGAGGACAGAUAGCAGCGAUGCUCUCACCGUACGAGAAAAUAAUCCUUUCUCACCUGAAUCCCCGACGAAGGAUCUACCAGACGAAGGCACGAUUCAGAAAGUCGCGAGUCCAGGUACUCCAGAGAAACGCGUUCCCUCCGAUCUUCCUUCCUCUUUGGCGGACUCUGGUCAUUUUGAAGACGGAUCCAUUCACUCGAAAGACUCCGUGUACCUACCAGAGAUACAGCCAGAGACCAUUAAUGUUGCCACAACGUCUAAUAAGGUUACCGAAGACAGUACUUCCGAAGCGUACGCCACGUCCACUGAAGAAACCCUGGAGAAAGAUGAAGAGAGACGCAAAUUAGUGAAUCAUUAUGAAAGCAGGAUUGAGGAAAUGCACCGCAGACACGUCGACGAACUUCAGGAACUCAAGCAAAAACACAAUGACAAGGUGGAGAGCUUACUCAAUCAGUUGGCUGAAGUAAAUACACGUUAUUGUGAAGUGAGACCAAGCGUUGAUGCCGCGGAAACUCGAGCUCAUGAAUUAGAAGCGGAAUUAGAAGCUGUUAAAGCUGAACUCGCUGAGCAAAAGACUUUGUUGAAUGAGCAAGAGGAGAGAAAUAAACAAAUAUACCUGAAAAUGUAUGCCAAAGGCCAAGAAGCUGCACGCAUAGAACAAGCUGAUAAAAUACUUGAACAAGCGCAUCAAACGCCGCCGAAGGUUACUAUUGCAGAGCUACUUCAACAACUAACAGUUACACAAGCAGAAUUAGAAAAUAUCAAGGACACAAGCUACUCGCCUGAACCUCACAUUUCAGCCGAUCGUAGCCAAAGUUUAUUAAGUGCUCAAGAGGCUGUUUCUCUCUGGGUCCUUGGCACACGUAAGGCAAUGUAUCGCCGUAUUAUAGAAGCAAGAAGUAAUCAGGGUGCCCUUGAUCCAGAGAUCACUUUGCAGUUCCUAAAAUCGGCAAUCUACUAUUUCCUAACUGACAAAGAAAAUCAUCAUGGUCAUCUAAACGCUAUCGAAAGCAUUCUGGGGUUCACAGAGGCUGAAAAGCACAAUAUCGAUAAAAUACAUCGAUCAGCAAGAAAGUAAUACAUUGUACAGCCUUUUAAAUAAUAAAUUUCAUUGCAGGUAGACAUAUGGGUUGAAAGUCAGUGCAAAAAUAUCUGAUCAGGUACGAACUGUAAAUUAUUUGUUUCUAUUAACAAACAUAACAGUGUAUAAUAUUGCUACAUAUUCACUUUUAUAAUUGAAAUUUUAAAGUCUUAAUGUAGAAUGCUUUUAAUGAGCUUGUAUAUUGUAUUUAUAUGUUUUGAUAAUUUAACUUUCAGUUAAUAUAUUUUUUUCAAAAAUUUUUCUUUUCAUAAUUUCAUAAUCUCUCUUAUAAUUCCUAAACUAAAAAAAGUAAUAUAAAUAUGAAAAUAUAAUGCUGAAUGUAAUUUAAUCCUUUGCAUUGAAAUUUUCAGAUUAUUAAUUGAUAUAUGCAAAAUAUAUGUAUAGUGAUAAUUUUUAUUCUAUAAAAUAAUCAUGUUAUGAGUACAGAGAAUAUACAGCAUAGUUAGGGCAUUGUACAGGUAAACAGAGAUUAUAUGAAACAGUAUUCAAAAAUCUUUUAUUAAAGAAAAUGUAUAUACACAUACAUGUACAUGAAUACUUAUAUCUAAUAUUAAAUUUAUUAAUUAUAACGUGUAAAUUAUAUAACAUGGUAUGAUAA